UGUCCCGUUGUGUUGAAUAGAACGAUCAUAUCGAAUAUUUGAAGGAAUAAACAGGCAAUAUGUCAGCUCAGAACUCCGCGGGUAUUCAAACCCUCCUCGAUGCCGAAAGAGAGGCACAGAAGAUUGUACAGAAAGCCAGAGAAUACCGUACGAAGCGGAUAAAGGAUGCCAAGUCGGAGGCACACAAGGAAAUUGAGGAAUACCGUCAGCAGAAGGAGGAAGAAUUCAAGAAGUUUGAGGGAGAGCACUCGAGCGGAUUCAAGAAGGCCGAAGAAGACGCGAGCAAGGAAGCCGAGGCAAAACUUGCGGAUAUUAAGACCGCUGGUGGCCAGCACGGCGACAAGGUGGUCGAUGGCCUUAUCCAUGGAGUGGUGGAUGUGAAACCUGAGCCCUCGGAGAAGAUCUUGACCAAUGCAUAGAUUGAACGAAGGCGUUGGUUGUCUGUUCUACUAUGGCGCAUACCUAUGAUAUGUUCUCGGUUUCAAUUCAAUUGCUGUUUUCGGAUAUAAUCUUUAAGAAACGUCUUUCCGGUAUGUAUUUGGGCUAUAUAUAUAUAUAAAUUGGCCAUGUUUAGAUGGAAUAGUGAGAUCUGUGACUGGUA